AUGUAUCAAAAAAGUAAACCAUGGGCACUGUUCAGAAAUACAGAUAAAAGCGAGUAUUGCGCAUUAUUCAUGGCAGUUAUUUUCGCUACAAUAGUUGGAGCUUUACUACCCGUUCAUUCUCUUAUACUGAAAAGUGUAGUGAAUGACUUCACCGGGGAAAUUUUUCUCAAAGAAAGCAUCUAUGUAUAUUCUAAAUGGUUUGCUCUUGUGGGUGUUACAGUGUUAUUAUUAGCAUUCGGUCAAGAUUUAUUGAUCAAUUUGUUCACAAUCAGGCAAAUUAACCGAAUUCGUUUGCUGUAUUUCAGAAGCAUUUUACGCCAGGACGUUGCAUGGUUUGAUGAACAGUCAUCUGGAUCACUCAUCAGCAAACUAUCUCAUAACAUUGACAACAUUCAACUAGGGCUGGGUUCAACAUUGACUGACUUCAUGAAAAACUUGUCUGGAUUCAUAGUAGGCAUUAUAAUUAACUUUGCAGUGGGGUGGAAACUUGCCUUGGUUGCUUGCGCUAUACUGCCCAUCAUUGGUGCAGUUUUUGGAUGCUUUGGGUUUCUGAUGAAAUACUUCACCCGUAAGGAAAUAGUUGCAUACACACGCGCUGGUGCUGUUGCCGGCGAAGUCCUAGAAGCUAUACGCACCGUUGUUGCGUUCGGUGGAGAGAAAAGGGAGUUGAAAAGAUACCGUGAGCAACUGGGAACAGCAGAAAAAGCUGGGCUGAAGAAAGUAGUGGCAUCAGGUGCAGUUAAUGGGACAAUUGGACUGACUGUGUUUUGUUCUACUGCGUUACUAUUUUGGUAUGGCUUUAAAUUAAUAGUAAAUGAAAAUUAUGACGCUGGAGCUAUUGUGACGAUUUUCGUGAAUGUUCUUUUAGGAAGCGUCUUUCUGGGUAACGCUCUACCAAGUUUUCAAUAUUUUAUGAACGCACAGGCGUCAGCCACUGAAAUUUACAGUAUUAUCGAGCGUGUCCCGGAAAUUGACAAAGACUGUCACGGAAGGCUCAUUCCGAACUUUUCUGGGAACGUCACAUUCAGAAAUGUUUCUUUUGCAUACCCAAGUCGACCAGAUAUUGCAGUUUUAAAGAAUUUUAGUUUAAGCAUCAAAAGUGGGCAAACUGUGGCAUUGGUUGGACCGAGCGGUUCAGGGAAAAGUACCGUUGUUCAUAUGUUGCAAAGAUUUUAUGACCCAACGAAAGGCGAGGUACUAAUCGAGGAUGAGGACAUCAAGAAUCUGGACCUGAAAGCUUAUCGUAAUCAGAUAGGCUGUGUACAGCAAGAACCGGUACUUUUCAAAGGAACUAUCAGUGAUAACAUAAGGUUAGGGAAGCUGGAUGCAACUCAAGAUGAGAUAGAAGAAGCUGCAAAGCUUGCCAACGCUCACGGUUUCAUUCAACAACUCCCAGAUGGAUACGACACUUUUGUGGGUGAACGAGGUGGUGGAAUGUCAGGUGGUCAGAAGCAACGUAUAGCAAUCGCUCGAGCUCUGAUUAGAAAGCCGAAGUUGCUACUGUUGGAUGAAGCAACGUCCUCAAUUGACGUAAAAUCAGAACGUGUUGUACAAAUGGCUUUGGAUAGAGCGAUUGAGGGGAGGACUGUGGUAGUUGUUGCUCAUCGUCUUACAACAGUUCGUAAUGCGAAUUUGAUAGUCGUGCUUGAUAAGGGAGUAGUUCGCGAAUCUGGGACACACGCUGAACUUGUGGCUGAAAACGGUCUUUAUGCUGCGAUGCUUAGUAAUCAGAGAAUAUUGGAAAGUGCUGAGAACGAUGACAGUGAAUUAUUGGAUGAAGGAUCUCGUAAUAAAUAUAUCGUCAGUGGAAAAGACUUGUUGACGAAAUUAGACGAUAUUUGUAAAAUGGAUAAUAGUGAGGAUAGUGUAUCUGAAACCACUGGAAAUGUUCCAUACGGGAAUUUUUCCCUUAUUUCAACAAUUUCGAUUCUACGUAAUCAAAAAAAAAAUAUCAAGCUUUCUCCGACAUUAAGGGUUUUAAAACUUAAUCGACCUGAACUACAUCUGAUAGUUUUAGGAUGUAUUUGCUGUGUGAUUAGUGGGACCACUCAACCAGCUUUUGCGAUUCUGUAUACUGAAAUGUAUAGUAUUUUUCCUUUGCGAUCUAAUCCAGAUCUGCUGUUUAGUCGACUCACUGUUGUAUGUGGGAUGAUGGUGGUGAUUGGAAUUCUACGUUUUUUAGCUAAUGUCAGUCAGAGUUUAUUUUUUGGAAAAUCAGGCGGUAUAUUAGUUAGUCGCCUACGAUCAAAAGUUUUUGAGAGCAUGCUAAAUCAAGAAAUAGGAUGGUUUGAUAAACCGGAGAACCAAGCAGGAGCAUUAACUGCAAAACUGGCCAAUGAUGCUAUGAAAGUGACAAUGUAUUCAGGUUCACAAUUGGGUUUCAUCAUAGAAGCUGUAGCAUUGAUAGCUAUGUCUUUUGUGGUUUCGUUUAUCUACAGUUGGCAACUGACUCUUCUAAUAUUAGCCUUCUAUCCACUUAUUGUUAUUGGAGGAUUUUUCCAGAUGCGAACACUUUCAGGAAGCAGUAAUAUUAAGAAUGGUAAUGAAGCAAUGAGAAUUGCUCAAGAGGUGACUGGCUCAAGCUACACAGUUACUGCAUUUACAUUAGAAGAUUACUUCUUUAAACGUUUUGAAUCUCAUGCAGUUGAAAAUCUGAAAAAUAACUUGAAAACGAUAUUUUUCAAUGCCAUUAUGUACGCUAUUGCAGAAAGUGUAUUGUUGUUCGCAGUAGCUGCUGCGUAUUCACUCGGUGCACACUUGGUUUCAACAAAAGCAAUAACGGUUUUAGCAGUGUUCAGGGUUUUCGUAACUAUCCAUUUGAGUGCUCAAUCUCUUGGCCGUACAGCUACACUAGUUUUGGGUACUAAAGCAGCAGGUUCAGCUGCGAAAUGUAUUCUUGAAAUUCUAGACAGGAAACCUCUAAUUUCAACUAACAUAGGGAGUGUACCACGUGAAAAAUUCAAAGGGAAAAUUUCGUUCAAGAACGUUAAUUUCAAAUAUUUUUCUCAAACUGAGAGACGGGUUCUUAAGAACUUUUCACACACUAUUGAGCCAGGUCAAACAGUCGCAUUAGUUGGACCUUCUGGUUGUGGAAAAUCAACAUUGCUUCAGUUAGUAUUGAGAUUCUACGAUCCAUCAUAUCACGGUCCCGAUAGUGGUGUGUUUUUCGAUGAUAUAAAUAUUAGAGAUAUUGCACCUAGUUGGGUUAGAAAACAGAUUGGCCUUGUUUCACAAGAACCCACUUUAUUCGAUCUCACGAUAAGAGAGAAUAUUGCGUAUGGAGACAAUAGUCGAGAAGUGACGAUGGAAGAGAUUAUUGAGGCAGCACGUGCAGCUAACAUCCAUGAUUUUAUUACAACACUUCCAGAACAAUAUGAAACCAAAGUUGGACAACGUGGAUCAAAGCUAUCUGGAGGACAGAAACAGAGGAUAGCCAUUGCACGAGCUUUAGUUCGUAAACCUGUUUUACUUGUGUUGGACGAAGCCACCUCAGCUUUGGACAAUGAGAGUGAGCGUAUAGUUCAAGAAGCCCUUGAUGCUGCUAUGGGGUCGAGAACAUCAUUAGUUGUUGCUCAUCGCUUGUCCACAGUCGUCAAUGCUGAUUUGGUAGUAGUUUUACGGGAUGAACGAAAGAUAGAAUCAGGACCUCCAGCAGCACUGCUCGCUAAGAAAGGAGCUUUCUAUGCUCUACACCACAUGGAGAAUUAAAUCAUCUCAUCAAACUCAUUCAUCAUUACACAUCAUUUUGAUGGUGUUGAUUUUGAUAUAAAAUUAUUUCAAAUUUAUUUCUUUUAAAACUGAUGCUUGAUAGGGAAUGGGG